AUGGCAGAGGAUCAUCAGCAAAAGCAGCCGCCAAUUCCAACUUCUCAAGCUACCCUCAGCUCUCUCCGGCUCCAACAUUUCAAUUACCUAUCCCCAGCCAGUCAACAUCAGCCUGCACCGACACAGCACUAUCCAUCUGGCCCUGGACCUGAAAGAAGACAUUAUUCAUUUGAUACAGACACUGAAUCCCAGAGGUAUCCAGCAGUGGAUUAUGAUCAGACCGAAGGGCUGGGAGGGGUUUCGGUCAGCUCGUACGAUAGUAUUGAUGAUGAUCGUAUAGAUCCGGCGAUGCGUGGAUAUCCAUAUCACGGAGGAGACAAACACAUCAACUACCACGCCCCAGAACACGACGUCCCCUAUAUGGCCAGCUCCCUCUACCCCGGAAACUCCUACUCCGUCGAAGAAGGCAGCUACCCAUCUCGCGCCGGACCAGGCGGCGCCCCCGGCGCAGCAGGAGACCGCACCCCAUCCGACAUAUCAUCUUCCAUCAGCCCACCCAACGGACAAAUCGGCAACAAUAAAUACAGCACCAUCCCACCCGGUGAACGCCUCGCCCGGGCCUUGAGUAUCGAAGAACAAAGCCGCCUAGCCGUCGAAGAAGACAAACGACGCCGCAACACAGCCGCCAGCGCCAGGUUCCGCGUGAAAAAGAAACAGCGCGAACAAGCCCUUGAGCGCGCUGUACACGAAGCGACGGAAGUAAAAUCCGCCCUAGAAACGCGCGUAACGCAGCUGGAGAUGGAGAAUAGGUGGCUUAAAAAUUUGCUUACGGAAAAGAAUGAGAAUUUGCUGUCGAGAUUGGCGGCGUUGCAGCCUUCAGAUCUUGAGAAACUUGAAUUGCAUCAGCAGGAUAGUAGCGGGGUGUCGUCGACUUCGUCGACGGCUACUGUGACGCAGCACACAACUUCUAAAAAGGCGGAUGCGAAUUCGACGUCGUCCGGGAGGAAGCCGAUCAAACCGAAACCGACGCCGACUGUUGGGGUAGGAACUGAUCAUGACGAUCAUUAA